AUGGCUGAAGUACUUGGUGUCGUGGCCAGUUGCAUAAGUGUUGUGCAGCUUUUGGGUUGCAUCCAGCAGCUGCGGAAAUUUUGCAAAUCCGUACACGAUGUACCCGAAGAGCUGAAGGCUACACUGGAUGAGAUGGAAGUCUUUAGACAAGUCGUCUCCCAGAUAGGUAAUGCUGAUGGAAACAUUUCCCUGGUCUCAGGAUCAAGCAUGCUUCAGGCUAGCCUUGACCGCUGUGAAGCAGCAGCAUCUGCUUUAGAAGCUCUGACGGCUCGAAUCAUAGCGCCUCUGAAUAGAAGGAGUAAUUUACGGUCUAAGCACUUAUUGAAAGCUGUUUUGAAGAAAGAAGAAAUGAAAGAAAUGAAAGAGAAGAUGGAUUCGGCAAGGAAUAUGCUCCAUCUUGCUGUUACGUGUUAUAAUACGUAUGAUCUGUCCCGUAGUUGGAAGUCAGAGAGCUGUGCUAAAGAAUCUCAGGUUGAUGCACCAAGAGAAUUUGCGUAUGCAACAAGAUAUGUUAUGCUUGUGGAAACAGGGGACGCUCUCGCCCUCCCUUGUAUCAAGGGCUUCCAUUGA